AUGCCACCACGAUCACCCCGCAAACGCAUCGCGCAGGUGCUGUCCGACGACGAUGGUCCAUCCGGCGACAACUCCGACUCGAGCUCCCAAUCAGCGCAUGGAGAAGGUGGCGAUUUUAUGGUCCAAACCAACUUUGACUCCUACUUCUCUCAUGUGGCUGCAAGAUCUCAAACGUCAAAUACCGUAUUCUCCACCAAAAUACCGCCUCUAAGUGCAGAGGAGUACGCGGCUGCCAUCAAGCCGGUCACUGCGCGCCCUCCUCCAUUCCGAUCGGCCGUCUUCAGCGAGGAGUCGAAGCGUGACUUUCACUCGCGGUUCUUGCGGGAACUCCAUGAAGGGUUCAACUUGCUGUUCUACGGGUUCGGCUCAAAGCGACAGUACUUGAAUGACUUUGCGACCGAACGAUGUGCAAAGCUCGGCCAUGUGGUGAUAGCGAACGGAUUCCACCCCGGAUUUGGAAUGAAGGACCUCCUGUCCUCGUUCAGUAGCCUACCGGACUUCGACGCGUCCCCAUCUCAGGCGACCGUGCAAGAGUACUUUAUAUCGAGCAAACACCAUCUCUACCUCAUCAUCCACAACAUCGACGGCCCCUUCUUCCGCACGACAAAGGCAAAGUCCGUGAUCUCGCUCUGGGCGAUGAACCCCCACAUCCACAUCCUGGCCUCCGUAGAUCACAUCAACGCCGCCCUGCUUUGGUCGACCUCGGAAUCAUCCGCACGCAAACAAGGGGGAAACAAUCGCGGAUUCGCCUGGCUCUGGCACGACAUUAGUACCCUCUCGCCGUACGACUUUGAGCUCUCCUUCGCAGACCGCACGUCUAUACGCGGCGCGCACGGUAUCAAAGCCUCGGACACCGGCACGUCAAGCGCCGUGGCCAUGACAGAAACCGCCGCCCUGCACAUCCUCGCCUCAGUCACGCAGAAAGCCAAGAAGCUCUUCAAACUCAUGGGUGAGCGCCAGCUGGGAAUAUCUGACUCGGAGUCGGGACAGGAUAUGCAGCAGGCGGCAAUUGAGUACGAUGCGCUGUUCAGCCUCGCGCGGGACAACUUCGUGGCGACAAACGACACGGCACUAAGGGCGCUACUGGGCGAGUUCAAAGACCACGGGCUGGUGCUGACGGCGCAGAGCUCUGCUGCGGGCGGACAGGCGCUGUGGAUACCGCUAAGGAAGGAGAAGCUCAGUGCCGUGCUGGGUUCCGCGCAAAUGGGGUGA